UCCCUUGGUCCGCAAGAGGAGGAGGAGGCCAGGAGGAAGAGGAAGAUGUCCCGGGAGCCGCAGGCAGGUGAGAAGGAAGUCAGUGCCCCUUUCCCCCUCUCUGUUGCUCCAUCUCCAAGCCCAGUCGUGCCCCCAGCUGCAGGACAACCCCAUUGCUGAUGCCGUCCUGCCGGGGAUGAACUGGGGGGAUUUCCUUCUCCUUCCCUCUGGCACGGAGGCAAAUCCCAUCCUUUCCUUGUCCUUCCUCCCCCAGACAUGGAACUGAGCACAGAGCCCAUGAAGGACAAAUCCCCGCAGCAGAACCUCAUGGAAGAGGCCGCUGUGAGCGGCUCCAGGGUGCAGGAAUCCAAUGGGAAGGAAAAGCCUCGGAGAUCCCGCACAAGGAUGAGCUGCAAACGCAGAUCUCGGGGAUCCGAGGAGGAAAGAUCUACUCUGGGCAGGGGAGGUGGCCGGAGCUCAGAGCUGAGGGCCCCUGACAAGUCUCAGGAUGGGGAGAAGCCCCACAAGUGCUCAAAAUGCGAGAAGAGCUUCAGGUGGAAAUCCGACCUGAUCAAACACCAGAGGAUCCACACGGGGGAACGACCCUACGAGUGUGGGGAGUGUGGGAAGAGCUUCAGUUUUAGCUCUGGCCUAAGUGUCCACCAGAGGAUCCACACGAAGGAGAAGCCCUACGAGUGUGACCAGUGCAAGAAGAGGUUUACCACCAGCUCCAAUCUCCUCGUGCACCGGGGGAUUCACAGAGAUGAGAAGCCCUUCCAUUGCCAUGACUGUGGGAUGGGCUUCAGGGACAGCUCUGCCCUCAGCAAGCACCUGCGCAUCCACACCGGGGAGAAGCCCUACGAGUGUCCCCAGUGUGGGAAGAGCUUCAGACACAGCCAGAACCUAAUUAUCCACCAGAGGAGCCACACAGGGGAACAGCCCUACAAUUGUGAGGAGUGUGGGAAGAGCUUCAGCCAGAGACCCCACCUGACCUACCACCAGAGAAGCCACACCAGGGAGAGGCCCUAUGAGUGUGACCAAUGCAAGAAGAGGUUUCAGACCAGCUCCCAUCUCCUCAAGCACCAGCGGACUCACACGGAUGAGAGGCCCUUCCGCUGCCCUGACUGUGGGAUGGGCUUCAAGCAAAACUCCCAGCUCACCAGGCACCGGCGCAUCCACACCGGGGAGAGGCCCUACGAGUGUCCCUAGUGUGGGAAAAGGUUUUCCAAGAGCUCUCACUUGACCCAACACCAACGGAGCCAACACUGAGAGAAGCCCUGCGAGUGCCCCCAGUGCGGAAAGAGCUUCAUUCGCUGCUCCAGCUCCAUCCCCCAUGGGAGGAUCUACACUGGAUGAUUCCCAGUGAUGCCUGGAGGACAGAGCCCUGGUGAUCUGUGUUGGGUACACACCUAGCUGGGGGCUCCACAUCCUCCUAGCUCCCCGUGGCCUGGAUUAUCUUUGUUUUCUCUUUAUUCUUUCAAAACACCUAAAAUCAGGGUAAAAAUAAAGAUGUGUAACUAAGAAAUGGAUGGGGACAUGGGGGGAUCUUCCAGGGGAUGUGGGGGAUGCUGAGUGGGAGGAAGUUCAGGGUUCCUAUCACAAAUUUGAGUGUUGCUCAGAGAUUUGGGCUCUAAAGGUCGCACGGCCGAGCAGUUCUGGCUGUCCUGGGAGACCCUGGGGGAAGUUCUGGGGCAGCUGAUCAAGGACCCCCUACCCUGGAACUGUCUCCAUGUUCCCUCAUCCCAGUUCCCGAUGUCCCCUGUCCAGUAUACUCCUCUCCACACUCUCACUCCCUUUGCCCCCUUAACAUUCCCAUGUUAACCCACCCACUCCCAGUCCUGGUCUGGUCCCAUCUUAUUCCAGAUCCCAUUCCCAGUCUCAUUCCCCGUCCCUGUCCCGUAUUCUCUGUCUGGUUACCAUUCCUGUAUUUCCAGUCCCAUAUUCCCUGCCCUGUUCCUGUUAUUGUAUUCCUGGUCUCUUUGCCCGGCCCUGUGCCAGGCCCUCAUUGCCACUGCUGUAUUCCUUCUCCUGUUCCCCUGUUUCCAGUCCCAUUACUGUAUUCCCAUUUCUGAUCCCAGCCCCACCUUCCUAAUUCCCAUCCCAUAUUAUCUCUACGCUUGCUCUAUCCAUAUUCUUUAUGCUGUUCCCGUAUUCCUGUUCCUGGUCCCAUUCCAGAUCCCCUUCUCCAUCCCCAGUAUAAUUCCCAGUCUCCGUCUCAUAUUUCCAGUCCCAUUCCCACUUUUUGUCCUAAUUCCUGGUUCCUGUCCGCAUUGCCGGUCCCAUUCCCAGCCGCAUUCUCACUCACAUUCCUGGUCCCUCAUUGCCGGUCCCAUUCCUGGCUGCAUUCCCAAUCCCUGACCCCAUUCACAGUCUCUAUCCCCAUUCUUGGACACUAUCCCCAUUCUCAGUCCCAUGCCUGGUCCCUAUUCCCAUUCUAGAUCCCUGUCCCAUAUUCCCAGUUCCUGUCACC